ACUACUCCGUGCCGCCAUGGAUAUGGACUUCACCCUAGCUGUUCACUUGCCAUUCGCUUACCUUUGCCUUCGUGUUGUUUCACCAAGCUUCCUUGUCUUACGCUCGUGUCCUCAUUCCAAUGCCCAGUGUCACGGAUUUCCAGCUGCACAACACUCCCCUUUCCACGGCCGACCAGAGACAGAAGUUCGCGAGGCGAAUCUGAAGUCCUCGGUAGGCAGAAGUUCGCUCAAUGGACGGCGAUGAAAAUGACGGCAACCGUCAGCGGAACCGGAAGCUCGACCGUUCCUUUCCGCUGCACUGUACUGUACAGUCAGUCGUGUACAGUGCUACCAACACUUAUGAUUUCGGCGACAGCUAUUCAGGCGGCUACUGUUCACUGGACAGCAAUCCCCGAAUUUAUCGCUGAGCGGACCCCCAGUGUGCCGUCCAAAGAGCCGCCUCCUCCUCAGCCUCCUGAGCCUCCUGAGCCCCCUGCGCCUCCUGAGCACAACUGAAUGGACUCCUGAUUGCCGAUAUCGAAUCCCGACGAGUCAUCAUUGAGUGCGGUGGGCUAGCCGACUUUUUAUUACAGUAGUACUGUCCUGUAGUUUUGCGGCGACAGGGGCACCUACUAGUGUAGUACUCUGCGAACUUCGCGGUGGUGCAUUUCGCCGUUCCCACACCAUGCUGCGUGCCUUGGAUCUACACGUGGCCGUUUCUACGCGGUUCCUCGCCGUUCCGACUCUUCCGUCGCCGUACCGUACGCUGUGGCAGCAGAUCGCGCAGCGCCAUCUGCUGCCACAGCGUAUGGUAGGUACGGCGGAGGCUGCGUCGCCUCCUCGAGUCAAGCCUCAAACCUAAUCUUGUCGCGUCGAGCCGUCCUUCGCGGUCGCAUCGGAUCCAGUGGUUGGGAUCUUUGGAAGCUUCGAGGAAUGGGCUCUAGAAGUGCCGAUUCGUCAGCCACUGAGGUAUAAGAUUGAGAAGAUCGGUUUUUGGGUCAUUCAACUUCUCAAGAUAGUUUAUCUUCAUUUACUUUCAAGGCACAAACGCCGCUAGUCCUUCUCCUCCCAUUCUUUUCGCUCCACUCUAAUCAGCUAUCUACUGGCUAGACCCCUCGAAGUCUCAGACAGAACUAGACCCUUCCGCUUCAAUUUCCAUAUAAGAUCAUAUCUGCAAAGGCGUAAACUUUAGCACAUUAGGCUGCAGGGAGCUCUCUCAUGGCUGCCUUUCUGCGCGCCACCUUUCUCCUCCUCUCUCUCCUCCUCCUCACUGCUUCAGCUGCAGCAGCCAGCACUUGCAAGUGUCCGCCUGCCCGUUCACCUGCCCGCACUUCUGCCCGGCGCCCUGCGCCGACCAAGGCGCAGAUCAAGGCGGAGGUGAAAAGGAUGGCGCAGCGCCUGGUGCAGAGAUACCCGCAGUACUCCAAGUUCUCCAAGGACUUCAACAAAUACGUCAGCCUGGCGUUGAACUCCAAGUACAACUUCUCAGCGCUUGCUGACGCGACCCUCCUCAUUCCCAGCAACAGGGCUGCAUUGGCGCUUUCCAAGAAGCUUCCUCUCACCUCCAAGAACAUCCCCAGGGCCUACAACGUCUCAGCGUACCACAUCAUCGCGAAAAGAUUCACUCUGCCCAAGCUCAAGGCCAUGCGGGCCGGUCAGCCGCUGCCAACUCAGCUGCGGCAGGCUCUUUAUAAGCUGACUCCGAAGAACGGCAGAGUGGUCAUGUUUGGGACGUACCCUCGCGCCAGAGCGAGGGGGGUUGUAACGAGCAGGGUGCUGAUCCCUGGCAUGUACGUCGGCCCGUACUUCAUUGCCCAUGGCGUGGACCGCGUGCUGCUGCCCCGAGGCACCCGGGUUUAAACUGGACCGCUGGCGGAGGGACUGUUGCCAGUGCAUGAGUGGGAAGCGGCUGCUGCUGGAUCAAUGCUGUUGCUGUUGCUCUUGCUGAUUCCUGGCAUGUACAUUGGGCCACACUAGUUCAUUGUGCAUGGCGUGUGCUUCUGCCUCGAGGCAUGCGCGUGUAAAGAAAGGGGGAAGGGACGGUUGUCGGGGGAGGGAUGGUUGUCAGGGGAAGUUGAAUAAUGCUAGAAGAAUGGUGGAAUGGAGGGUGGUGUAACUGCAGUUGUUGCUGCUGCAUGACACGCUGAGUAGGUUUUGUUUUUUCCAUGGUGUGGGUUGGGUGGCUCCCUUCUGCCUCCAGGCACGCACGUAUGAGAAGAGGCAUGAAGACCAGCUGGGGAAAAGGGAGCUGUGGCUGUUAAACCUGACUAUAGCAUCUUGUUAUGAAUUACUAUACACAUGUUACGGUUGGAUAGAUAAUGUUUACGUUAUGCCAUGCUGCAAUUUA